AUGGCUGGUUCAUGGAUCAUAAGUGGUUGCGUGUACAUUGCACCACUGAAAGCACUGGUACGCGAACGUGUCAGAGACUGGAAUGAACGUUUGCAAAGGCUUAAUAUCAGGGCGGUUGAGCUCACCGGUGAUAGCACACCAGAUAUUCGUAUCUUGCGGUCGGCCAAAGUAGUCAUUACAACUCCGGAAAAGUGGGAUGGCAUAACGCGAAGCUGGGAAAUCCGUCAAUACGUGAAAGAUGUGGCGCUUGUUAUUAUCGAUGAGAUUCACCUAUUAGGGGUUGAAAGAGGCGCAGUUUUAGAGGCAAUCGUCACGAGGUUAAAAUUGAUGGCAGCAAAGCAGAAAUCAAAGGAUCCCGUCCGAAUAAUUGGUCUUUCAACGGCACUUGCAAAUGCUGGCGAUGUAGCUGAAUGGCUUGAU